AUGGCUGCUCUCGGUGACGACCUGCUGGGCGUUGUCAACAAGUUGCAAGACUUGGUCUUCAACACCAUCGGAAACGAUUCCCUGGAUCUGCCCCAAAUCGUUGUCGUUGGAUCCCAGUCCGCUGGCAAGUCGUCCGUCCUCGAGAACAUUGUUGGUCGCGACUUUCUCCCCCGCGGCAGUGGAAUCGUUACUCGGAGACCCCUCAUUCUUCAGCUGAUCAAUGUCCCCGCCGACGACGACGCCGAAGAUGCGACCAAUCCCAGCUACAGGAACCCCAAUGCUGCUGGCCGCAACGAGUGGGCAGAGUUUCACCACAUUCCCAACCGGAGAUUCACCGAUUUUGGCGACGUCAAGCGCGAAAUCGAAAAUGAGACAGCGCGAGUUGCCGGUACCAACAAGGGAAUUAACCGCCAGCCCAUCAACCUAAAGAUCUUCUCUCCCCAUGUUUUGAACCUAACGCUCGUUGAUUUGCCUGGUCUUACAAAGGUUCCCAUUGGAGACCAGCCCACAGACAUUGAGAAGCAGACGCGCAACCUCAUCUCCGAGUACAUUGCGAAGCCCAACAGUAUCGUCUUGGCUGUCUCGCCUGCCAACGUCGACAUUGUGAACUCGGAGGCCUUGAAGCUCGCCAGGCAUGUCGAUCCCAUGGGCCGGAGGACCAUUGGUGUCCUCACAAAGGUCGAUCUCAUGGACCACGGAACAAACGCCCUGGACAUCCUGUCUGGUCGCGUCUACCCGCUCAAGCUUGGCUGGAUUGGCGUGGUAAACAGAUCGCAGCAGGACAUCCAAGGCAACAAGCCAAUGGAAGAGGCCUUGAAGUCCGAGUCCGACUUCUUCAGGCAUCAUCCCGCGUACCGAAACAUCUCCACCCGUUGCGGAACUCAGUUCCUCGCCAGGACCCUCAACACCACCUUGAUGGCUCACAUUCGCGAACGCCUGCCAGAUAUCAAGGCUCGUCUUAAUACCUUGAUGGGUCAAACCCAGCAGGAACUGGCAAGCUACGGGGACAUGCACUUCAGUGGCAAGGAGCACCGAGGUUCUCUUAUUCUGCAGCUCAUGACCAGGUUUGCGUCAUCGUUCAUCGCGUCCAUUGACGGUACCUCGACGGAAAUAUCGACAAAGGAGCUCUGCGGCGGUGCUCGUAUCUACUACAUCUUUAACUCGGUCUUUGGAAGCUCUCUCGAAUCGAUCGACCCCACCUCCAACUUAACCGCCCUCGAUAUCCGGACCGCGAUUCGCAACUCGACUGGUCCCCGGCCUAGUUUGUUUGUACCUGAGAUGGCCUUCGAUCUCCUUGUCAAGCCCCAGAUCAAGCUUCUCGAGCCCCCUAGCCAGCGCUGCGUAGAGUUGGUAUACGAGGAGCUCAUCAAGAUCUGCCACACUUGUGGCUCCACUGAGCUAUCGAGGUUUCCCAGGAUGCAAGCCAAGCUCAUCGAAGUUGUUUCUGACUUGCUUAGGGAACGGCUGGGUCCCUCGUCCAACUAUGUCGAGUCGCUAAUUUCCAUCCAGAGGGCUUACAUCAACACUAACCAUCCCAACUUCCUCGGUGCGGCUGCAGCAAUGAGCCAUGUUGUUAGCAAUAAGCAGGAGAGAGAGAGGAAGCGUUUGAUUCAAGAGGAGCGCGAAAGACGUGAACGGAGACGGCAGAAGGAGCUUGGUGCGAAUGGCACCGAGACCCCUGUUGAAGGGGAAGAAGAAGGUACUGCCCUGGAGAAGACGGACAACGUUCACGUGCGCAAGACGGCUGGAAAGGGUGUCCGCAGCAAUAGCAUGUCCCCGGCUAUCCGGGAGAAUGGCCCCGGCAGCAUUGCGAGCGCUUUGAACGGAGCCAGAUCGAAUUCUCCUUCUCGCUUCAACGGAGGGCAAGGCGUGGGUAACGCUAAGGAGUCCUUCUUGAACUAUUUCUUUGGCAAGGACGGGGCCAUUGUUCCCGGUCCUUCGCACAGCGGCAACAUUGGCCGCCAUGUCAACCAGCCUAUGGAGCCUACAUUUAGCCAAAGCAUGAGACGCCCAGAGGACAGACAGGUGCGGGCGCCCACUCAGUCGAUAAGAGCGGAUGAUGACAUGGACUAUGUCGGCAGUGCGAAGGGCACCGAGCUUCAGAACAAUGACGGCGAGCCGGCCAUGACAGACCGCGAGGCUAUGGAAGCCGAGCUGAUCCGGGCUUUGAUCAGCUCCUACUUCAACAUUGUGCGCGAAAGCAUCGCAGAUCAGGUGCCCAAGGCGAUCAUGCAUUUGCUUGUCAACCACUGCAAGGAUGUGGUGCAGAACCGCCUUGUUAGCGAGCUUUACAAGGAGACGCUGUUUGAGGAGCUGCUUUACGAGGAUGAUGCAGUGAAAAAGGAGCGGGAGAAGUGCGAAAAGUUGCUCCAGACGUAUCGGGAGGCGGCCAAGAUCAUUGGCGAGGUUGUAUAAGGCUGAGCUCUACCCUUCCUUAGGCUACACCUACAGACCUUGGGAGGCCGGCCGACUCUGGUAGCAGCAGUACGACUGGUGUAUGUAUUAUGAACCGAGCAGACUUAGAAAGGGGUUAUGGCAGUUUUUCGAUGGCGGUACUUGUGGCUUGUGUGUUUUUUUAUUUCACGAAUCUUGAUUUGAAAAGAUCCCUGCUGGCUAGCUGAUAUCUUGCUGUCCCGCUCAGCAAGGGGUGUCAUAUACGUGAACGGCGACUUUCCCCAUUUACGAGGUAAAGUGAGGGCUUUCUGGAUAGAUAGGAUAGAGUGUAUACCGAACCAACGGCUUGUAUGACAUCCAAGCCGUGGCAUAUAAUACUUGUGUAGG